AUGUCGGAUGGCCAGCCUCAUGACACGAAGAAGGUCAAAGAGAAAGGGGUCGAAGAUGUUGAGGUCGGUGUCAGCCACCUUGAGAAACAGACCAUCUAUUCCAAGGUGUCUGUGUACCUGAUGAUGAUCCUUUCUCGUCUCGCCUUGGGUUCUGAUGGAUAG